AUGACACCGGCGCGCGCCGUUGCUCAGCGUCUCAACAAUGCCUUUGUUUCCGUUCCACCGUCUCCCAUCAGCCUUGACCAAUAUCGUCCUCUCAAGGGAACCCAGCUUCACGCGUCGACUAAGCUGAAAGAAAACAUCCCUCUACCACCAUUUUAUGUCUCCAUCCUUCAAUCCUACCCAUCUUCCUCAUCACAUAAACGAAAGAUGGAUGAUCGCGACCAACCAUCCCACACUAUCGCGUCUGCUACAAAGAAGGCUAAGCACACGGUGACUAGCUCCUCAACGGCCAAACAGACCCAACAUGCCCCAGAGGAAGAGUAUCCAAACGGUUUUAUUUACUGUCACCAAUGCAACAGGAAACGCGACCUCCAAGUCAGUGUUCAAUGUACCUCACUCAAGCCACGGGCGACUGCUGCAGGUGCACAGGAAAGGCGCUGCCUUGUAAAAUAUUGCAAAUCUUGCUUGAUGAAUCAUUAUGGGGAAAGUGUGGAUGAUAUCAAAGCUCAGACUCGAAAUGCCAGAACACAAUCUGGGCAUGUUGUCGGCGAGGGAUACAUCUUCAAAUGCCCACGCUGCAGAGACAUCUGUGAUUGUUCCAAGUGCAAGAGAGCAAAGGGUCUUGAACCUUUGAGCAGCGCACUGCAGGGAAAAGCUGAUAAUCCGAAACGGGAAAAGAAGUCCAAAACCCAGGUUAUCAAAGAAACCGCCGUCACGCCUGCUGUUCAGAAGGCUAUUUUGAAGAAAUCUAAGCCUAAAGCUCUCCCGACACUCAAAUGGACAGCAAUUCUCGCGAACCUCAGUCAAGCGGAAGCGGAAGAGCGUAUAUGCAUUCGCGAGUUCUUUCAGAGGUUUGGCAGAAUUAUGGACCCACCAAUAGCCAAGGGUCACCUGGAGGAGCUGGAAACGAUAUCGGGACGGAAGAAGCUACGGGAUGACAAUGACGAGUUGGCGGGCUGGAUCAGUGAGCCAUGCCUGAAGGCAAUCGUUCUGGGCCUCUUGGAGUGCCUUGCCAAUGAUCAUGAAAACAAUAUCGCGAAAAUAAUCAAAUUACACGUUAAAGAAUUGCGUUCCGCUGGUAUGAAUUUGAACAAGAUAUGGAAAAUUCUCGCCGACAUGCGUGAAACCAUUGCAAACUCAACCUCAAAUGAAGUAUCGGGACGGCCGCAGGCUGUCUUGACAUUUCCUAACCCCCUUCCGCCACCUGCAUCGGCCAACAUACGCGCAACUCGUAGUAUUGCCGGAACAUCCACUAUCUCCGUAUGCCAUACCGCGCAAAUGAUUCCUGUUAUCCUCUCGCUCAUCAACCUUGCGCUGGAAACCGCUGCAGCGCGCAAAGAAAUGGAGCAAGGGAUCAAGGAUAGCAAAGAUGCUGCAAGGGAUGCCAGGGAAGCGGCCAAGCGGGAGAAUGACCAGUGGGAGCAAGCUCGCAAGCCCGCGGAACAUACCAUAAUAAAGACGACCAAUAAGGGAAAAGAGAAAGAUGCUAAACAGACACAGGAGAAUGUAGAGAAGAGAAUGUUACACAAGGCUCGUCUAUUGAACAUUGACAACGCACUGAAAAUCGUGACGUCUGGAUUUGCCCCACGGUUCUCGGCGUUGGGCGCAGACCAUGAAGGUCGGAUGUAUUAUGCUCUAAGACCCGGAUAUCCAGAACGGGAGGCUGCACUUGAAUACCUAGAGGCACUGUCCAGCGAUAAGCCCACGAAGGUGAAGAGAAAGGCUCGCAACAUUGGCGACACAAAACGUGAGGAGCUAACAGAGUGGUCAUGGUUUAUCGCUGUGUGGGGGAAGAAGCCCCAGGCAACACCAGCCCGGACAGCGGGCCAUGACAAAAGUUCCGAUGGCGAAGGUGGGGAAAGCUGGUGGGCAUUGGGGGAGUCCGAGGAGAUCUUGAAGGUUGCGGAUUGGAUUACUAUCAAAUGCGGCUUGGAGGAUGAGGAGGACGUGACUACAGCUCCAUCAUCAUCCACACCAAAACUAAACAAACGCAAAAUGGACGAACUCAAACAGCUUGUGCUAGAUCUGAGAGCGUAUGCAGGCCUUCUGGAGUGGAGGUCGCGCGAAACACUGCUCAAUGAGCUUCGCACUCUAGAAGACAAGGGAUUGGAACAGCAACGGAUUGAUGCACAAGGAAUACCCAAGGCCGCUCCCAUUCCGACCUCGCGAUUUUACGGGGCGUAG